AUGGUGUGUACAUGUCUAUACCUGUACCUGGCGGGUGUAAACAAUAAAAGGGACUUCUUUGCUGUAACUGCGGGUUUACUACUUAAACUUAAAGCUGGGAAUUUUAAAUUCGAAGAGCGGCCUAAUAAUACCGAUUUACCUUUAUUUGAGAAAGUUAGGUGGGAUGCCGAUUCUUUAGAAAAAGCCAAAUGUGCACUGAUAUCGUGUGUGGAAUCUUUACAGACAGCAGCUGAAACACCCGAUGAAGAGCAACAAGGAACGAUUGAUUCGUCUGUGGACCAUUUUACAACAGAGAUCGCGGAUGCUAUGGAGCCGUUCUUCGCACUGAAAUCUAGACUAAACUAUCAGCGUAAAAUUGCUCACUCAAACAUAUCAUCGCCUAUUGACAAGCCAUGGGUAACCACUGAGCUGAAACGAAAAUACAAUGUCUACAGGAGUGACCUCCGAUUAUUCAAUCGCAAUAAAAACUCUGUAAAGCAUCAAAAUCUCAUGCAAUCAAAGAAGGAAUAUAAAGCUUUAGCAUCGAAAUUAAAAAGACGAUACCAACGCGCAGAAGGGAACAUGCUUGAUAGUAUGCGCAAACACAACCCUAAGGCAUUUUACAGACUAUUUAAAAGGAAAAAGGGACAGCCCAAAAAUGUUAACCCUGGUGUCUUCUAUGGACACUUUAAGGAACUAACAAGUAGGAGAUAUGGAGAGAAAAGACCCCCAUUUCAUUCACUAAAAGGCUUUUCGGGCGGUCCAAGAAAAACGUUUGGAGGAAAAGGAAUCAUUGGAAAUAAAAAGAGGACCGGAUUCUUUGACGGUUUUCGAAGGAAAGGAUUUCUUGGGGGACCCAGAAAAGGAUUCAAAGAAAGCAUUAUAACGGACAAAGGAAAAUCCGACAUUAUUCCAGGUAAAACUGGAAUUAUUCCAGACAAGACUGGAGUAAUUGACGCCUGUCCCCCAAGGCCAUGUCUUCAAACACAAGAAUUCAUUCCACAGGAAUGCCGUAGACCACAAUUUUUCCUCCACAAUGGACGUGAAUGUCCUGACUGUGAUAUCGAUAUAUGCAUAGGCGGAUCUGUUCUUCCCGAUAUUCGAGGAGGGUGGGGAAGUGGUUUAGGACCCCGUGGUACUCUAAGCCCUGGGGGACCUAUUGGACCUAGAGGGAAUCUCCCGGGAGAUCUUGAUUGGCAAAGCGAUUUUGGACCGGGAUUUCCCGAUGCUUCACCGGGAAUAAACACCCAAAUCGGUGGUGGUUUAUUUCCAGACCUACCGUUCGCCGGACGAUUUGGACCUGAUCGGUUCAAUAGAGGUUUAGGUGGAUUUGACCAAUCGGGAAUCCAGAACAGAGGACAGUUUGGACCAAUACCUGGUAUUGCAAGAACUGGACUUGUUAAUCGCCUUAAUGCCGGAUUUGAUUUUGAUCCCUCGUGGAACACAGGAAAUGUGGGAGAUUUCGGUGCCUCAUGGAGAGACAAUACGCUACCUAUCAAUAGUCGAUCAAUCUAG